AUGCAGGAUGCCAUCACCGCAGAAAGCGCCCUGGACCUCAUCACGUUGUUCGAACCAUUUGCACCUGCUGGUGGCCAGGGCACAGACGACGCUCGGCGGCUUGGCAGCCAUGUCUCCAUCUCUCGCCUCGCCGGUUACGAUGACGUUAACUUCCGCGUAACAGAUGCACGCUCGCGACGCGCGUAUGUCCUGAAGAUCCACAACGCUGCCGACUCGGCCGCUAGUGGCGCCGUAUUUCAUGCCCACAACGCCGUCAUGCAGCACAUCGCGGCCGCCGGCCUCGUGCGCUCCAACACCCCCAUGCCCCUUGCGGACGGCAGCGGGUUCAUCGCGACCGUCCAGCUGGGCGGCGGCGGCCCGCGCGCCGUGCGGCUGCUUACCUUCCUGGAGGGUGACAUCAUUGGGCCCCGGCGGCUGGGCCCGGAGCUGCAACGGGCUUUAGGCGCCUUCAUCGCCAACCUGGUCACUGCGCUGCAAGGCUUUGACGACCCUGCGCUUCACGACCAAACCCACGACUGGUUCAUGGAGUGCGCGGCAUCCACCAUCACCAGGAAGCUGCCGUUGGUGCAGGGGCUUGACCAGGAGCAGCGGCGGCUGAUCGAGAGCGCCGCGGCGCGCCUGCAGGGGGCAGUUUGCAUCUCCGGGGACGACCUGCCGCGGCAGGUCUGCCAUGCGGACGCAAACGAAAACAACCUGCUGAUAAGCGCAGACGCCUCCCAGGUGACGGGGAUCUUGGACUGGGGUGACGCGGCCCACUGCUGGCGGGUGGUGGAGCUGGCGGUUGCGGCGGCCUAUGCAGCCCUGUUGGAGGCGUCACAGGGGCCAGGAAAAGGGGAAGAGGAGGGCGCUGUCGCGCCCGGCAGCAGCGGCAAGGGGGCCGGUCACGAGAUCGGCGCCGGCGAGGGCGGCGGCGGCGAGGGGGCCAGGCACGAGGGCGCCGUCGAAGGGGGCGGCGGCGGCGCCUUCGACGCGCCGUUGCGAGUGGCGGCGAAUGUUGUGGCUGGCUACCUCGGCGCGGGGGGCCCCUUGACGCCGGCCGAGCAGCGGAUGCUGGGCCCACUGAUGGGCGCCCGAGUGGCCAUCAGCCUCGUCAACGGCGCCAUUGCAGCGCGCGCCAAUCCCAGCAACAGCGAGUACCUGCUGGCGACGCAGAAGCCGGGGUGGCGGCUGCUGCGGCUGCUGCAGGGCCUGCGGGAGAGCGAGGUGGCGGCCGCGCUGCUGCCGCCAGCGGUGACUGCGGCCCAGCCGUGA